AUGUCCAAGGAACCUGGUAGACCCCGUAAGGGAUGCAUGAUGGGCAUUCUACUUCUGGUGAGCUUGGUGGGCAGUUGGCUGUUGUUGCGGGAAGUGCCGAAAGCCGGUCGUAUUCCCUGUCGCGUGUUUCGUAGUCGAAGAAAGUUCCACGAUGAUCGCCUGGAGCGCAGAAGACGGAGUUCAGAAAACCUUUACGAAUUGCUGAGUGAUUCUCAAGACACGUACUACGACGAAGAUACGUGGACAGUGGGAACCACCUUUUUUUCAGAAAAUACAUAUUCCCGACAGCCCUACGUCGCCAACGGAUACAUAGGCAGUCGUAUACCCAACGUGGGGUUCGGCUUUGCUCCGGACACCUUCAACAUUUGGAUCCCCGAUCGCUUAGUGCCCGGGGCCCUGAACAACGGCUGGCCAUUAAGAAACAGACGGUUUGCUGGUGCAUUUGUCUCGGACUUUUACGCCUUAGAGCCCGAACUCAAUUCCACAAAUUUCCCGGAGUUGGACAAAAAUGGGUAUUCUACCGCUCUGGCUGCCAUCCCACAAUGGACGGAUCUAAGCUUCUCUAUAAGAGACAACAGUGCUCGUUUUGACGCCCAAAGCGUGCACGCAGAUCAGGUCUCUAAUUACCGACAAAACCUCUCCAUGCUUACGGGUGAAGUAACGACGGAGCUAGACUGGCUCAGUACAAUACAUGUCAAGUCCACAAUUUUCGCCCACCGAAUGCUUCAUCCACUUGGAAUUGUGCAGUUAGAGCUUUCUUUGAUCCCCGACAAUCCUGGAAGAAGCCAGCAGAUGGACUUACAAUUGUUCGACGUUCUAAACCAUUCCACAUCGCAAAGAACAUACCUGAGAGAUCUGGGGUAUGACUCUGAUGGAAUUUACAUGAUAGUUGAACCAGAUAACGUCCCCUACUCAUCGGCGGCCAUGUAUUCGUCUCUGCAAGUGUCAUCUCAUGAGUCGAAUUUGGACGGGGUGGUGUACCAAGUAACUAACACAUCUGUCACAAAUAAGCGCUUUUUGCAGCUUACCUCUGAAAAUCCGUCGGUAACAAUCACCAAGUAUGUGGGAAUAAUGUCGUCAGAAUAUGACCGUUACGAUAAAACGGUAUCGAAUUUGGAUACUGCAAAGGACUUGGUCCAUCAAUAUUUUGGACGUUACGAUGAUUUGACUAAAUGGCACCAUGAUGCCUGGGUUCAGAUCUACGCAAACGCCACGAUAGAAAUACCAUCAGACAGCUUACUUGAGUUAUCGGCUAGGUCAUCAGUGUUCCAUUUGUUGAGCAAUACCCGGAAAUUCAAUGUGUCUCAAGAUCGAGGAUUGCCUGUACCAGCAUCUGGCAUCAGUUCAGAUUCUUACGCUGGCUUAGUAUUCUGGGAUGCUGAUCUUUGGAUUAUGCCUGCGCUUCUUCCAUUCUUUCCGGAAAUUGCCCGACAUAUGGUAACUUACCGGAUGUCAAUGCAUGAUCAAGCUAGGAUUAAUGCACGCGAUAAUGGAUAUCCAGGAGCUAUUUAUCCUUGGACGACUGGACGUUUUGCGAAUUGCACUUCCACGGGUCCUUGCGUUGACUACGAAUACCAUAUUAACAUCGAUAUUGCCAUGGCAUCAUUUCUCAUUUACCUGAAUGGUGCCAGCGGCGUAGAUGACGAAUAUUUAAGGAAUACCACCUGGCCUUUGGUAAGAGAUGCGGCCACUUUCUUCACUGCAUACGUGCAAUACAAUCCAGAGCUGGAUGCUUACGAGACGCACAACAUGACGGACCCUGAUGAGUAUGCUAACUUUGUCGACAAUGGGGCAUUCACUAAUGCUGGGAUCAAAACUUUGCUGAAAUGGGCAACGGACAUCGGCAAUCAUUUGAAAGAAGACGUCGAUCCCAAAUGGAAGGAAGUUCAAAAAAAGGUGUUGAUUCCAAUUGCAGAUUCGGACAUAACAUUGGAAUAUUCGAACAUGAAUUCUUCUGUCGAAAUCAAACAAGCUGACGUUGUGCUGAUGACGUACCCACUCGGUUAUAUCACGGAUGAAACCAUUUUGAAUAAUGCAAUCAAGAACUUGUAUUACUAUUCGGAGCGUCAGUCGGCAUCAGGGCCCGCAAUGACAUACCCCGUUUUCGUGGCAGCAGCAGCUGGACUGCUCAACCAUGGCUGCUCCUCUCAAAGUUAUUUGUACAAGUCAGUGUUGCCCUAUGUGAGAGCGCCAUUUGUUCAAUUCAGUGAACAGAGUGACGACAACUUUUUAACGAAUGGUUUAACGCAACCUGCUUUUCCAUUUCUCACGGGAAAUGGAGGCUAUCUACAGAGUAUUCUGUUCGGAUUGACAGGACUACGUUAUUCAUAUGAGACUGAUCCGACUACCGGUCGAAUGACAAGAUUUUUGAAGUUCAACCCAACAAGGCUUCCUCUUCUUCCAGGCGGCAUAAAAAUCACAGAUUUCAAGUACAUGGGACAAGUGUUCGACGUUGUAUUGGGGGACGAAAAUGCUACGAUUACGCACAAAUGCGGCGAUCAACCGAUAAAAAUAAAAGUGCUGGAUCGAAAUGUCAUUCACGACAGGCUUGUUGUGAGCCCUGAGGCUUCCAGAAAACGAACACAUACUAGAUUGCCUGUAACUCAUGUUACUUUGGAGCCAGGUCACAAUAUUUCCAUCAAAAUGUUUAACCCACUUUUGAAUAUCGAUAACAAUCUCGCAGAAGGAAAGCAAGUGACAAACUUCACCACCGGGGUGCCAGGCGAUGUCAUUUAUUCCGUCAUCGAUGGUAACAAUUUUACGCAUUGGCAACCGCUUCGGAAAAGUGAGAACGCCAGAAUUUUGAUUGAUCUUGGCGUGGACAACAAGCACACAUUAACAGGCGGCAGCAUUUUGUGGGGAAAACGGCCUGCCCAAAACAUUUCCGUUUCUGUAUUACCGUACGCUGGAGAUAUAGAAGAGGCGCUUUGCAAUGCCUCCUCGAUUAUCAGGACCUCGGGACCCGACACAGAAACUGAAAUCAUGGGCAUAUCAGGCCCCGCGCGGGACGUGAAAUUGAAACUAAGAGAGACGAAAGAGACCAUUUUCGACAUCACAGAGGCCGAAGAGGACUACCGCUGGGAACUGUUCCGGUCACAGCGUCUCGACAUCGCAAAACUUUCGAAAAUGUCGCCGGACUCAACGCUUUUGAAAAGCAAGUUUGUGACGAUUCUGCGUAAUCUAAGAGUGGAGCCGUCGCUGCCCUAUACGCACGACGACGCGUAUGAAGAUCGAAUCGAGAUUCCACGUUCCAACAUCACGAAUUUCGACUUCAACUACGAAAAUUGCACCAUUACGAACGGUCACGGUUGGCCACCCUCUCGAUUUGUCGUUUUCAGUGUGCAUGGCACUUACGAUCAAGACGAUGAUCCUAAAGGUGCCACGAUCAAGGAAAUUGCACUAUAUUGA